AUGCUCGAUGAAACCUUGGCAUAUCUGGAGACUCGGGGGGCCUCAUCUUCCGAGACCUUCUCCUACGAGGUCAUCGUCGUGGAUGAUGGCAGCAGCGACAAUACCUAUGCCGCAGCGCUCUCAGCUAGCAAGGAUGCCUCGCUUCGCCAUGGCGAAGUCCGAGUCAUUCAGCUCGUGGCCAACCGCGGCAAGGGCUUUGCCGUGCGUGCCGGCAUGCUGGUGGCACGAGGGCAGAUGCUGCUCAUGGUCGAUGCCGAUGGCGCCACGUCUAUCCGUGACCUGGAGCGCCUGGAACGGGCCCUCGGCCCUCGGGACACCGCUCCCCACAUAGCCAUCGGAUCCAGGCACCACCUUCGCCAGGAGGCCCUCACCAAAAGGGCUUGGUAUCGUAACAUUCUGAUGGUGGGCUUCCACUUUGCAGUGUGGCUGGUGGUGGGUGGCGCCAUCAACGACACCCAGUGCGGCUUCAAGCUCUUCAAAGCAAACGCUGCGAAGCGGAUCUUUGCAUCGCUGCACAUCUACCGGUGGGCCUUCGACAUCGAGGUGCUGAUUUUGUCGCAGCUCUUCGGCCACGGCGUUGCCGAGGUACCCGUGACGUGGGUGGAAAUGCCGGGCUCGAAGCUGAACUUGCUGACCGGCGCCCUCACGAUGUUGAGGGACAUGGUCUUGGUGCGGGUGCUCUACGCUUGCGGCGUUUGGCAGCCCUCGGUGGCUUGA